UUUAGUUUAGCGGACGUUGCCUUUACAGCGUUGACAAGUGUGACAUGGUUUUUCUAUGGCUUCCACAUCUCUCGUGCGGGCCUGAUAAUAGCCAUAAUGUAAUACUUGCGUUCUAAUAACCUAGUGACGACCGAUUUCUAUUGGAUAGGCAGUUUCUGAAUCACAGAUUUUGCAACGUGUAUAAAUUUUUCGCUUUACAGUAGACACUUGAUUGACUGUGUGUUGGCAUUUUUCGUGGUUAUUAGUACGUAAGUAUUACAUUAUGGCUACAUAUCAGGCCCACACUAGAGAUGGUUAGCAUGGCAUGUUUUAUAUAUUAAUGAAUGCAUUUAUGAACUGCGCUUGCUUUCUCGUCUUGUGUAACUGUAUUGGCCAUGUUUGGAUUUUUAUAAUUUUGGUUGAUGACAACAUUCAAAACUACAAGUGGGAUAUUCCUUUGACACAGAUGCAUUUGUAAUUUUUCUAUAACAAAAUGUACUCCAUGUUUAUGUUUGAUAUGUUGUUUAUGUUAUGAUGGCGAGAUAUCACAUACUUUUCGAUCAACCAAGCUGCAGUUUGCCACAUAAUGUUGUAGACAUAUUGACAUUUUUGGGAUGAAAAUGUUACCAUUCUCCAUGAAGUUGUAUUUAAAUGGAGCAAAACAGAUAAUACAAAAUGAGAACUUUUCAAGCAUCAGAAUAUAGUAGAGAGACUCAAGGAAAUACAGUACAGUUGUCAAAUAACUGGUGUUUAGCUACAAUUUGUAUCUGGUGAAAUAGACCACUGCAAAAUCAGCCUACCUAAAGUUCAGUGACAUGGGUUCCUUCAGGGGGAUGGCUCAUAGUGCCAUAGGCCAGCGUCUGGUCGCCUGCCUCCUCAAUGUCUCAGAAGCCCGCAGGAAGGAAUUGGUGGAAACAGUGGCCAGGGCAGCUGUAUUUGACAGUAAUGGCGGACGGCGAGAAGGGACAACAGUGCUCAACAUCUUUAAUGAUCAAGACUACAACCGGUCUGUCAUCACCAUCGUGGCCAGUAUUGACUGCAUUAAGGAGGCAGUGCUGUCUGCGUGUGAGCAGGCCUGUCGACUGAUUGACAUGAGUGCCUAUGCAGGCGGCCACCCAACGAUGGGCGCUGUGGACCUGGUGCCCCUCUACCCUCUGGGAGAGGAGGUGGGACUGGGGGACUGUGCCAAGGAAGCUAGAGCGGUGGCUGCUGGGCUGACUGAACGGGUCAGUGGCACCAGUGCUUUCUUCUUUGGUUGGGCAGACUCACCCCAGCACCGAGGCCUGGCGCAGAGACGCAAGGAGAUGGGCUGGUUCAGGAAGAAUCCGGACACAGGAGCCAGCCGGCCAGACGUAGGGCCCCUGCCACAGAAACGAUAUGGCCUCACAGGCGUCGGAGCUAGUCCCUACGUCAUGAACUGCAACGUCACCAUCGACACCCAGGACCUGGCUCUGGGGCGCAGCAUCGCCAUGUCGAUUAGGGAGUCUACUCCUGGGGGAAUACCGGGGGUGCAAGUGCUGGCCCUGCCACACGAGGGUGCCGUGGAGAUAGCCUGCAAUGUGGAGAGCAUGAAGGGGAACCCUCCUAGCCAGGUUGGGGAGAGGGGCGAGCCGUGGCCCACCUUCAGUAUUGGUGGGCAGCCAUACUGCCACGCCCCAGCAUCUCUUAUCACAGCCAGGGUGGCAGAGCUGGCAGGACGGCAGGGGGUGGCCACUAAGGGCACGGCGCUGGUGGGGUUCACGCCCUAUGAGUGCAUAGGCCUGGCAGAGAAAGCUUUGUCAUUGGGCAUCGCUGAGUUCUGGAAAGAACUGCGCAGGUUACACAUGUAACCUUCCAAACUUUACUACAAAACCUCAACGUUUUGUAUUAUUCAGGUUGAUUGAACGAAGAAUGUAAAAGGACAUGCAAGCUGUUAUCGGCAAGGUUUAAAGCAUAUGAAUUGCACAAAUGCACGACUAUUACACAACAGUUUUGAAUCUGUGGGCUCUGGAUUUGAUGUAGCACAUUUGAACAAGGAUAUUGUACAGAGAAUCUCAUUUAGUGUGGUGAUCAUGGUUGAAAACUUCAACGCCAUAGACCUUAACUGUGAUCAUCUUAAAACCUCUUAGAGAUCGGGCUACUUUUUUCAACAUUCUGUUAAAAAUCACGCAACAUUACAACGUCCUGCUACUCAUGCCAGGAAUAUAGUAUAUGCAUAUGAUUAGUAUGUGUGCAUAGAAAACACUCUGAAUGGUUAAAUGGUGUCUGUGACUAUAACAGAACAAGUUCCGUGGUCAAAAUCGCAAGGAAACCUGAUCACAAAAUCGACGGAGAAAAAAUCAAUCCGCCAGUCUAUGUAUUGUCUAUUGGAAGGAAAAAUACUUAAGGGUGAGAUUACAGUUCCUACAGCUUCCACAUGAUGUCGCCAAUGUUGUGAUUUCGAUUCAACUAAAUCCUUGGUCAUCUGAGUAAUAGCCACAUCUGGCUUUCAGGUCCACAGCUGUGAAAAAUGGAACCGGAAAAGUUGGCUACGUUUUUCAAACUUGUGCCUAUUGAAUACAGAUCGCUCCGUGAUCAAUUUGAUCGUUUAUUAACGUUUACUAAUACCUAAAGUUGGAUUACAGAAGUAGUUUGAAGUGUUUUGUCAAAUUUAUAGGCAACUUUUUUAAUUUAAAAAAAUAACGUGUUUAAAAACGGUGUUUUUCCUGGAUCGGUCUUCAUAAAUGGACAUUUUGGGUAUAAGGACCGAUUUAAUCGGGGAAAAAAAGACCCAAUUGUGAUGUUUAUGGAACAUAUAGGAGUGCCAACAAAGAAGCUCGUCAAAGGUAAUGAAUGUUUUAUAUUUUAUUUCUGCGUUUUGUGUAGCGCCGGCUACGCUAAUUCCUUUGUUUUACGUCCCCUUCUGGUAUUUCGGGGUGUUGCAUGCUAUCAGAUAAUAGCUUCUCAUGCUUUCGCCGAAAAGCAUUUUACAAAUCUGACUCGUUGGCUAGAUUCACAACGAGUGUAGCUUGAAUUGAGUACCCUGCAUGUGAGUUUUAAUGAACGUUUGAGUUUUAACGAGUGCUAUUAGCAUUUGGCGUAGCGCAUUUGCAUUUAUUGUUGGCAAGGUGGGACGCUAGCACGUCGGGUGGGCCAGAGAGGUUAAUAUAAGUACUCAUCAAGACACAAAGGGACAAAUUACCAAUUUAGAGUUGAGGUAAUAAUUUCUUGUAAAUCAUUUAACAAUGUCAUUGGGAUACUAACACAAUUCAUUUUGUUAAGCGUGCAUAUCUCAAGUCAGAGUAACACUGAAAGUGCUGCAAAAUAUUGCAAUUUAUUGUUCUAUUAACAGGUUAAUCCUUCUUUAUUUGACUUUAAAGAAUAAACAUGACUUUACUAUAACUUUACUAUUUUCAUAUUAUUGUUUAUAAUUCUACCGAAAAAUAUAUAUUAUCAUGAAAUAUAUUAAAGGUGCGUUCUGUAACAUUCUCAUGUUCAAAACUCUAAAACUACCAUUAAGAUUGGACUCAAUGAGAGUAAAAAAAAGCAACUGUGUAUCCAGACCAAAGUGUGUACACACCUGUUGGAGGAAAUUAUAGUUGAAAUGAAUAAUUAUGUAUACAUUUAAAUUAAAACCAUUCAUUUUAAUACUAUUAUGUUAUGUAACUGACUUGCCUAGUAAAAUAAAGGUGGUAUGAAAUGUAUGGGUUUUUGAUUAAACUAGGACUGAAAAUGUAGGUAAAAUGAAUUAAUUAUCUGUACCUUGCGGGUUUAAGGGAGAAGGAGGGUAUAUCUCUUUAGACAGAUAAGAAUGUUCUUUGAUGUUCCAUUAGUGGAGAAGAGUAUGUCUUUUAGACAGAUUGGAAUGUUUGCUUUAUAAGGGGAGUAGGAGACAAUCUCCAGACCUGAAGACACUGCGCUAUUGUGUGGAUCGGAGAGAGUGUGAGAACUGAUGACGUCAUUUUUAUCUUCUCUUUAAAAUGUAAUGUUCUUUGUAUUUUGGGCCAGUACUCAUCAAGAAUAAAUGCUGAACUUGUUUUUAA